UUCCUUUCUGUAACGACCAGCCUUCUACUUUUUUUUCCCCUUUUUCUUUGCAAUGGCGUUUCCUUUAUCCUCUUCCAUUACUCUUUCUUUCACUCCUUCAACUCCAAAGCGCCAUUUUUUAUCGACCCAUUUCGCUUUUCGAUUCAGUCAAGCUCGUAGUCAAGAGAAUGCAAGACCCUUUCAGCUUAAAGUUCAAUGCAAGGCUUCUAAAGAAGCCUUUAUCAAGGAUAAGUCACAAUGCCGAAAUAUUCCUACAAGUUUCAACUUGUCAAAUUUGAUUAAUGGAACGAUGAAACUUGAGAAUGUGAUUGCUGUGAUACUUAUUUUAGCCGAAAUUACCUCUCCAUUACCUUUAGCUGGUUGGGACUUCUGGUCUAUUUCACCUGCAAAUGCUGUGCUUUACUCUCCUGAAACAAAGCUUCCAAGGACAGGGGAGCUUGCUUUAAGAAGGGCUAUCCCAGCAAAUACAAACAUGAAGGCUAUACAGGAUUCUUUGGAAGAUAUUUCCUACCUGCUGAGGAUUCCACAAAGAAAGCCUUAUGGAACUAUGGAGGGUAAUGUCAAGAAAGCUCUAAAGAUAGCUGUAGAUGGAAAGGAUUCUAUUUUGGCAAGUAUACCAGCAGAUCUAAGGGAGAAGGGUUCAACUCUUUACUCAUCUCUUGUUGAUGGGAAGGGUGGAUUGGAAGCACUCCUAAAAUCUAUCAAGGAUCAGGAUCCAGAUAGAGUAUCUGUUGGCCUUGCAUCUUCACUAGAUACCGUUGCUGAAUUGGAGUUGUUGCAGGCCCCGGGGUUGUCCUUUUUGUUACCUGAGCAGUACUUGAAAUAUCCAAGGCUAACAGGGAGAGCAAUUGUUGAACUUACUAUUGAGAAAGGAGAUGGUUCGUCAUUUUCCCCAGAAGCUGGUGGUGAACUCAGAAAGACUGCCACAAUUCAGGUUGUUUUGGAUGGAUAUUCAGCACCACUAACCACCGGAAAUUUUGCAAAACUGGUGACAGAUGGAGCAUAUGAUGGAACAAAGCUGAGCUGUAUUAAUCAAGCUAUCAUCUCUGAAAACGAUACUGGAAAGAAUGGUUACAGUGUUCCCCUAGAAAUAAUGCCAUCGGGACAGUUUGAGCCUUUGUACAAAACAACCUUAAGUGUUCAGGAUGGCGAAUUGCCGGUUCUUCCCCUAUCUGUUUAUGGAGCUGUUGCUAUGGCACACAGUGAAGUCUCUGAGGAAUACUCGUCACCAUAUCAAUUUUUCUUCUAUCUAUACGAUAAAAGGAAUUCUGGUUUGGGAGGCAUAUCGUUUGAAGAAGGUCAAUUUUCCGUUUUCGGAUAUAUAACUGCUGGAAGAGAGAUUCUACCACAAAUAAAAACUGGAGAUAUCAUCAAAUCUGCAAAGCUAGUUGAAGGUCGAGAUCGCCUUGUAUUGCCAAGUGAAAGCUAAAGAACUUCUUCAGAAAGGGUCAUCUCCAUAAAUUUUGAAGUCCAUGUAUCAUUCUCAAAAUUUAAGUGGUAAGGCUAUUCUAUAAGCUGUAAAGGUCAUUUUUGGAGUUCUUGCUGCAGUUUGAGUUGAAGGUAUUUACUCUUUUUAAUAUGAAUUUUUGUUGUAAAUUAUUAAAACCACUUUUACUUUUUAAAUCAAUUCACUGAAGCUUUAUUAACAAGCAUUAGUUCUAAA